CACGGGGUGCCGGCGUCGGCCCGGUCGGAGUGCACGCGCCGGAGCCCGCAGAGAGUCUCCCGGCGGCGGCUAGCGGGAGAGUAGCCGCCAGACGGCUCUGCCCUCGGAGGAGACGGUCCGGUCACUCCUGCACAGGCCAGUAAGGUUUUUAAAGGAAGCCAAGUCUGCGCGCGGUGAGGCGUGUUCUGGAGGGAGGCGGCUGUACGGGGACCCUUUGCUCUGUCUUGGGCGGGGUGCCUCCAGGGUCUUCAGGGUCCCUCCAGUCCCCGCGCAGCUUGGGGCCGUGCGCCCUCCCCACGUGUGACAGCAAGGACGGCCAAAGGAUGAGAAGGCAGACCGGCCCCGGCGCCUCCCCUCUCACUCCGGUGUGGUGCUUUCAUGCCUGCAUCCUCCAGCUCUGGCAGUGCCCCACUGCCCCACGAUUGGCUGGGCAGUUGAAGCCCACCCCUCCACUGGUGUGGUCCUAGAGGAUCGCAGCGUUUUCCUCCUGAGCAGUUUGCAUCCAGGGCUGAGCCUGGCCCUCCCCGACAAGCCUGUGAACCGGCUGAUGAGUCAGAGAAACCAGGCUGUAAGGAGAAAUCAGUCUGCACCAUCAAUACUUUGUUCAGAAAUCUCUUCAGCUGUGUUUUCAAGUCUGGCCCUCAGAUUUCUACCCUCCACCGACAUGAGAACGCAGGGCCUGGCCAUGGUCAAGAGGACAAAAAGCAGACAAUACGUAGAGCUGUGGUUUGAAUCAGGACAGCGCCGGAGCGGCACGACCUGCCCGUGGCACUGCUCAGAGGGCGGCCUCCACCUCCAGGCUGGGGUGCAGAGCCUCCGUCUCCGGACCCGGAGCUGGGAGCCUCUGCACUGGGCGGGCAGCGGUGCUGGAAGGAGCGUCAGGACUUCUCUCACCUCGCCCAGGCCCCAGUGGCCCUUGUCCCCAACACCUGAAGGCAGAGUUCCUGGGCCUGCACCCGUCUACACCGUCGCCUAGUCCCAACCUCAGCCUACCUCCGGGUGCUCCUGGUAAGCUGGGCACAGACCUAACAACCAGCACCUCUGAUCCUGGGGCCCCUUGGGGACAUGAAUCCUGAAUUUCAUCUUUCUUUUUGGCCGUGCCCAUGGCACGUGGAAGUUCCUGUGCCAGGGAUCGAACCUGCACCACAGCAGGUUGAGCCACCAGGGAACUCCUUGUUUUUCUUUUUAAAGGUAGUUCUAGCUGGACGGAAUGAGCCGGGCUAGGUGGAGUGUGGCAGGCGUAGAUGAGAAUUCAGCAAAGGGACACGGGAGGAGAAAGCCCUCUGCUCCUCUCUCUGGUCCAGGCAGCCAGGCCCGCGGUGCUGCCCAGCUCAGCCCUUGCCCCCCACUGCUGCCACCUCCCACAGGGCCGGACCUCCCUCAGGGCCACGGCUCUCGCCCUGGCUCUGCCCUCAGCAACAUUUCCUCCUCCUCUGUCCCUUGAGGGGACUAGUGCAGGGGAUGGCUCGGCCGAUUCCAGCCCGGCUGUCAGCCCCAGGCUCCCACAGGGCUCCUCCUGUGAGCCAGCGGGACAGAGGAACCCGAGGGAAGUCCCAGCGGUAUUCAGACCCCAUUCCUGGGCGGGCAGAGCAGAGCCUCUGGGGGAUCCUCCUGGCAGCUCACACAUGCACACGCAUGCAACACAUACACGUACCCACGGUUCUACACGCACUCACCGUGCACGCGCACGUGCGUGGGCAAACACACACGCACGUUCCCAUCCCCGGCUCCCUCUGACACCAGGCUACUGUCCUUACCCAAAAGCAGGCUUGGCGCCGGCUGUGCUGAGGGACCAGGAGGAAGUGGCUGGGGUUUUUCUGCCCCUUGCCCGACAGCGUCAGGGCCCCUGGGAGCAGGGAUGGGCUGAUGGGGCUGGAACGCCAGCCUCUGGGGGAGUCCUGCCCUGGAGAGCCCCUCUGUUCCUUCGGGCCCCCGCCUCUCGGGCUUGACGUCUGCCCUCCAUGCCCAGCCCUGCUCGGAAGCCCCACCCAGCCCGGGCUCCGGACCUGUGGCGACUGGUGGUGGGUGAGGCUAUUUUAAGUCCAGCUCUUGGACUGCCUGACACUCGGCUCUGCUACUGGCCACCUGCCGCUGCCCAUCAGACCUGGAAUGCUAAUUGGCAGUUGGCCUGGGUGGGGGCAGGGGACAGACUGUUAUAAAGCUGGGGGUGCCCGGGAGGCACCUGUCCCUGUCUGGAGCCUGCCACCGUCCCCGCCACCACCGCCACCAUGGCCACCCACCGCCUCGUGAUGGUUCGGCACGGCGAGAGCACCUGGAACCAGGAGAACCGCUUCUGCGGCUGGUUUGACGCGGAGCUGAGCGAGAAGGGGGCCGAGGAGGCCAAGAGGGGGGCCCAUGCCAUCAAGGACGCAAAGAUGGAAUUUGACAUCUGCUACACGUCGGUGCUGAAGCGGGCCAUACGCACCCUCUGGACCAUCCUGGACGGCACGGACCAGAUGUGGCUGCCCGUGGUGCGCACCUGGCGCCUCAACGAGCGGCACUACGGGGGGCUCACCGGCCUCAACAAGGCGGAGACGGCCGCCAAGCACGGGGAGGAGCAGGUGAAGAUCUGGAGGCGCUCCUUCGACAUCCCACCGCCCCCCAUGGAUGAGAAGCACCCCUACUACAGCUCCAUCAGCAAGGAGCGGCGGUACGCAGGCCUGAAGCCCGGGGAACUGCCCACGUGCGAGAGCCUCAAGGACACCAUUGCCCGGGCCCUGCCCUUCUGGAACGAUGAGAUCGCGCCCCAGAUCAAGGCAGGCAAGAGAGUGCUCAUCGCAGCCCACGGGAACAGCCUGCGGGGCAUCGUCAAGCAUCUGGAAGGGAUGUCCGACCAGGCCAUCAUGGAGCUGAACCUGCCCACAGGGAUCCCCAUCGUGUACGAGCUGGACCAGGCGCUGAAGCCCACCAAGCCCAUGCGCUUCCUGGGCGACGAGGAGACGGUGCGCAAGGCCAUGGAGGCCGUGGCCGCCCAGGGCAAGGCCAAGUGAAGGGGGGGCUCUGGCAAUAAAGGCACCUCACCCCAUCG